GAGCUAACGGGACAGUCGCACAAGCCAAUCGCAGUCGGAGUUUGCAAGCUGAGCCUGGGUGGAGACUUCACCGACUGCAGUCGCAGAUGGACCCUCCACGACCUCCCUGUCUAUCCCGAGCCAGCCGAGAACAAUGUCGGUGCAAGCCCUCUAAGCUUUGCUGUGCCCCGCAAGGGUUCAAGGCGCGUCUUCUGCGCAUCUUGAUGCCUCAUGCUGUUCUUCCUGCAGUCACACCGGUGCAUUUCUGUUUCCUUUGCUUCCUCGUGUAGGUGGAUAUCGGUGCUCUUCUCUGAACGUCCAUUUGAAUAAAGUCAAGGACGAGCUAGGGUCCAUGGAAAAGUUGGUCUCUGCAGAUGAAUGUGGAUAUCGCACAUGACGGUAGAUAGGUGUCAUGCUGAUUCAGCCUGUCUCCUUCUUUCUAAGGCUGUCAGGAAGGAUCUGGGAAGGCUAGCAGUAAUCUAAUCUACACAACCACUGUCCAUUAGUUGUGUAUUCCUAAAGAUGGGUUUAGUCUGAUCCAUGCUUAUUCCCAUUAACAUUUUUUUUUGUGAUAUUACACAUCCCUCAAGUCUUCUGCAGCUACAUGGCAGUUUGAGUGCGCACUUACACACAGACAUUGCUAUCUUGAUAUAACACCUUAUCUGUUAAAAGCACGAGUGAGGUGCUAUAUAAGAUCUGAAUAUUGCAGAAUAAUGUGACAAGGUAUCUGGAGCACAGAGAAAAUGCUACGCCCUAGCUCCACUACAGCACAUCUGUUCCUUCAGUGGCAUUGGAGCCUACUUCUUCAGGAUUCCAGUGUAUACAAAAGACCAGCUGAGACAGCCAACCUUGUGGGACUGAGCAACUACUAGAUUCUUGGACUUCCACUUCACAGAUAGCCAUUGUUGGUUUAGCCUUUGUAAGAACAGGUGGAGAUGGCUAUGGAUAAUUCAUACCAUUUAAAUGAACAAAGUUCGUGGAAUGGAAUCUCAUCUGAGAAGAAAAAGAAUUUUCUUGUAUCAGAAGAUCAUGGACAGAAGAUAUUAAGUGUACUACAGAGUUUUAGAGAACAGAAUGUCUUUUAUGACUUCAAAAUAAUCAUGAAAGAAGAAAUAAUCCCAUGUCAUCGUUGUGUGUUGGCAGCAUGCAGUGACUUUUUCAGGGCUAUGUUUGAAGUAAACAGGAAAGAAAGAGAUGACGGAAGUGUUACCAUUACUAAUUGUCCUCCAAAGCUGUUAAAGGCAUUUCUUGACUAUGCUUACACUGGAAAAAAAACAAGAAAUACAGAUGAUAACGUGGAAUGUUUCUUCCAGUUGUCAUCCUUUCUUCAGGUUUCCCUCCUGUCCAAAGCUUGCAGUGACUUUUAUAAAAGCAUCAGUCUGGUCAAUUGUUUGCAUUUGUUAUCUCUGUCAGACAGCUACGGCUCUGCCCAGCUGUUCAAUCACUCUUUAUAUUUUGUGCAGCACUCAUUUUCAUUUGUUGGCUUAAAUUCCAGAGACUUUUUAGAGAUGAAUUUUGGAGUGCUGCAAACGUGUCUGGAAUCAGAUGAAUUGAAUGUACCGUGAAGAGAAAUGGUCCUGGAGGCUGUCCUUCCCAUGGAUAAAUACAACUUAGAGUCCAGGCACAAGCACCUGCCUCCUUAUUACAAACGUGAGAUUCAAUCAUUAUCUGAGGACACCCUUCAAAACUGUUUUGCUCAAUGAGAGUAUUUACUCAAAAGCACAAACUGUUUUGACACAAUCGUGGAUGCUAGUAAAAUGUGUGCUAAGGCUCCUGGUGGCCUCUUUCUGAUGGCUCGACCAUCCACCCGAAAAUAUAUAUUCCUCCAUAAAACUGAGAGAAUGGACACAAUUACAUACAUUUGCUAUAAUAUUAAAACUGACUCCGGACAAAUAUUGCCACAAUCACAUCUGUUGAUUUGCCAGGAUCUAAGUCCUGUCUAACUAUGGAGGAGAAAAUUUCUUGACAGUGGUUGCAAAGGGAAGUGCUGUAGAAAGAUCCGACUUCAUAUUGCCUGAGUCUUACCAUAUGCCACUGACCAGACGUGGUGCUACUGUCGCAAUAAAAAUGAGUUUUUCUUGGUUUCAACUAUGAAAACCCCGAGACCAUGCAUACAUCAGUCUGGCUUCUUAUCGUUAUUUGUUUAGGUGGAAAAGACUAGAGAUCCAGGACUUAAUAGUCUCUUAGGAUGUUGAUCUUAUAUCCCCUGUCCAGAAUAUUGGACACAGUUAGCCCUUUUACCCAGAGGCAUCUAUUACCCAGAAGCCAGAUGCAUGACAGAGUGUCAUUUAGUCCUUGAUCUGGAGGUAGGAUUGCCCGCUGCUUUCACCCCAUCACUUGAUUGCUUGGUUUAAAUACAUGCUACAACUGAUCAGUGGUCUGAGCUGGGGGGGGAGUAGCAGAAGUUUGGGGCGAAUUUUUUUCAUGCUACUUUAAUUAGCUGUCCCAGUAAAACUGUACCUUUAUAUAUGUGAAUCCUUUCCACCUAUAGGUUACAGCUUUUUGUUCCUGACACUUGUGUGAAGGAGAAGUCUCUUUGUUGAUGUGCAGGCUUUAAUGCAGGUGCAAUGGAAUUGCGACAAAGAUUACAUAUGAGUGGAGAUUAUGCACAUGAGAUCACAGAUGAGGUGCAGGUCUACCACAGUAGUAUGGUCAGAGUGGAGAGUUCACCAACAAGAGCUUUUACCUGAAUUUACUGGUCAGUCAUUCAGUUUCACACAUACAGGGACCCAUGGUUUCUAGACUCAUUUCUAAAGUGAUUUUGCAUGGUGCUCUAAAUUAUGCCUAUAGAAUGGUUAAAAUCUGAUAUCUAGCACAAUAAAUGUUCCUGUCUAGUUAAAGAACGAUUAGAUAAUAUCUGUCAUAAUGUUUCC